UGAGUGUUGUUAUCCCGGAGGAGAGUCAUCAUGGCUGGCAGUGCGAUGGCGGCUGUUUUCGGCGCUUCCCCAAUUUGGUCCGGUGGUCCUUCCCCUGGCGAGUUUUACAACUUCCCGGGGUCCAGGAGUCAAAAUGAAGCCAAGUCCCACACGCUUUACCCCUCAACCUCUGGCACAUCUGUUGUGGGUCUUGUAUACGUGGUGGGCCCAUGGUACGGCAACUCUCGGGGACCCCUCCGGCCCCCCGCUAGGUUCAGGGAUAUCAAGAGAGUGUUCAAGGUGACAGACAAAGCAGUGCUUGCCUGCGGUGGAGACAUUGCAGAUUAUCAGUUCAUCAGAGAAGUCAUUGAACAGAAAGUGCGUGAUGAUGUGUGUGGAGAGUACACACGAGUGCUGGAUGCAGGAGCCUUACAUUGCUGGUUAACAAGGGUUUUGUACAACCGCCGCAGCAAGUUCGACCCCUUAUGGCUUGAGUGUGUUGCCGCUGGUUAUAAGAAUGAUAAACCCUUCCUGGGUUACGUUGACAAGAUUGGAACCGCCUUUGAGGCCAAGGAAGUAGCAUCUGGCUUUGGCGUUCAUCUGGCCAUCCCCAUGAUCAGAGAAGCAAGGGAGAAAAAACCAAACCUGACCAGGGAGGAUGCAGAGAAGCUCUUGAAGGAGUGUCUCACUGUGCUGUAUUACCGUGACUGCCGUGCACACUACAAGUAUCAGCUGGCAGACAUCACACCCGAAGGUGUUACCAUCCACGACAACCUAAACCUCAAGCCAGAGACCAACUGGACCAUUGCACACCAUAUCAAGGGAUACGAGUGAUCUGUUGUAGUCCGGUUCCCGCACGUAGAUUCUUGCAGCGAAUCUUCGUUUUUCUACGUGUUGGCUAUUUAUCAUUUAGAUGUUUAAAUCACCAGUGGAUGUACGUUUUUUCCUUUGUAUUUUCAUAUUCUCAACUGCACAGUGCAUCUCAAUAAGAUUGUUUUUGGAUAUAUUACAAAUAUUCCUAUGUUUCGAGUUUUUAACAGAAUGUGAUGCCUAACAGAGUAAAGAAAAUAAAACCAGGAGAAUGUAAACUUUAAUAGAUAAAAGACUAAACAAA